AUGGACUCUGUGCGAAAAUACCUGAAAGGAACAAAUAGCAUCGCUGGUGUGUUUGUGCAGUCUACCAAACAAACCAUGAGCAUCUUCAAUGCCAAAAAUAAGGGACUUCUGACACCUGGAACAUCUCUAGUUUUGCUUGAGGCUCAGGCUGCCACUGGCUUUAUGAUUGACCCAGUAAAGAAUAAAAAGCUGUCAGUAGAGCAGGCGGUGACUGAAGGACUUGUUGGGACAGAAUGGAAAAACAAACUGCUCUCUGCAGAACGGGCAGUCACUGGUUACACAGACCCCGCCACAGGGAGCAUAAUCUCCUUGUUCCAGGCCUUGAAAAAAGAUUUGAUCGUCAAGGACCAUGGUAUUCGUCUGUUAGAAGCUCAGAUCGCCACUGGAGGCAUCAUUGAUCCUGUGCAUAGCCAUCGUGUUCCUGUGGAGGUGGCUUACCAAAGAGGGUACUUUGAUGAGGAGAUGAACAAGAUCCUCUCUGAUCCAGAUGAUGACACCAAAGGGGUUCUUUGA